UUUAUGAACAGAAAAAUUUACUUGUCUGUGAACUGUGCUCUUAAGACGAAGGUCGAUACACAGGAGUAUAGGGCGUCCCUUCAGGGUUGCCAGAUGGUGACAAUUGUGAGCCAGGUCAGUUGUCAGAAAUUAAUUCCUCUGUUAGCAGCAAUUGGAGACAUCCACCUACUGGGAGCCCUUUUGGGGAGGCGCUGUUAUUAGCAGAAGAAAACUAAAGGCUUGAGGUGGGGGAUGAAUCCAGUCCAGCCUGAAAAAACUCUGUCCCAGGUUUGAAGACUCACCCCAUCCUCCUGUGUGAGUCAGAUGCGGAGAGAAGCUCUAAGCCUGGGUUUUCCGUGUGAUCUGGGCAGAGAUGGCACCUGCGGGUUCUGGGGCUCCGGCUCCUUCCUGAGACACUCGGGGCUCGGAGCCAGCCUGGACCAGACCACCUGCGGCACGCCAGCGGAUGCUGUCCACGUAAGACCAUGGCGCUUAGGAAAAUCAACUACCUUCUCAUCUCCUGCCUCAGUUGCUCCGUGCUCAUCUCCAUAAAAAGCGUAAACUGUGAAUUGGAGAUUGGCGAAUGUUGGUCCCAGCCCUGUUUAAACGGCGCCACGUGUCGGGACACUGUGGGGGCUUACGUCUGUGCCUGCGCCCCGGGAUUCCUGGGGGCUCGCUGCGAGCUGGACGUGGGCCAGUGCGCCAGUCGGCCGUGUCUGCACGGAGGGCUAUGUGUGGACGCAGGGAACAGGUACAGCUGCGACUGCUCGGGCAGUGGGUACACGGGAACCCACUGUGAGACCCUGGCGCCUCCUUGCUGGUCAGAGCCCUGUCACAACAAUGCCACAUGUGAGGACAGUGGUGACAACUACACUUGUCACUGCUUGCCUGGGUACGCCGGCGCCCAGUGUGAGAGCCACGUGCACCAGUGCGCGAGCAGCCCCUGCCAGGCCGGGGGGCAGUGCGUGGAGCUGGAGCCGUUUGGGCGCCUUGCGGGGCUGCCUCCCUCAUUCCGCCACCCCGGAGCCCCGGGCUACGUCUGCACCUGCCCACCUGGAUUCACAGGAAUCCACUGUGAAGAAGACAUCGACGAAUGCUCCUCACACCCUUGCCAGAACGGGGGCACCUGUGAGAACCUGCCCGGGGGCUACACCUGCCGCUGCCCCUUGGACGGCCCUUCCGGAACGUUCUACGGAGGGAGGGACUGCUCCGACGUGCUCCUGGGCUGCGCCCACCACCCGUGUCUGCACCAGGGGACGUGCGUGCCCCACCUGCGCGACGGCCGGCACGGGUUCCGCUGCCUGUGCCCGCCCGGCCACGCCGGGCCCGUGUGCGAAGCCGUCACCACGCUGGCCUUCUCGGGCCAUGGCUUCCUGCGGGUGGCCAGCGGCCCUGCGGCGGCCCCUGCCCGGGGCCAGGCGUGCCACGUGGCCCUGCGCUUCCAGACGGACCGGCCGGACGCACUCCUGCUUUUCCGGGGCGACGGGGACGCGUCCGUGAAGCUGGAGCUGCUGGGUGGCCGCCUGCACCUGUCCGCCCGGGUCCGGGACGGGCCGGGCGUGCUCCUGUCCGUCCCCCGGGACACCAGCGACGGGGAGUGGCACGCCGUGGAGGUGGCGUUUGCAGAGACGGUGACCCUGAGCCUGACCGGCGGCGCCUGUGAGGAGGGCUGCCUCGCCCAGGCCCCUUCUCCGUUCGCAGGCGGCCGGGCGACCUGUGCGUUCCGGAGCUCCUUUCUGGGUGGUUUUCCCGCGGGGACGACCAGCGUUGCUCUGCUUGGCGCGGACGAUGUGCCACCCGCACCUCCGUUCGAGGGCUGCCUCCAGGACGUCACCAUCGACGGGCAUCGCGUCACCCUGGAGAGCGUGUCGCCCGGCUGGUCGCUGAACGUCGGGGCAGGCUGCGCCAGGAGGGGACCGUGCCACGGCCAGCCUUGCGGGGGCAGGGGCCGCUGCGCCCACCUGGAGCCGGGCCGCCCGUGUGACUGCGACCCGCCCCACGCCGGCCCCGGCUGCCUGGCAGAGCACGUCGCGGGCAGAUUCGGCCACGAGGGCUCCACGGGGUACGCUGCCUUCCCGCUCGAGGAAAGCAACAUGGAGAACAUCAGCUUUUCCAUGCUCGUCCGCACGCGCCGGCCGUCGGGCCUGCUUCUGGCUUUGCAGAGCGGCGCCCGGCGACAGGUCCGCGUCUGGAUAGAGCACGGAAGGCUGGCCAUGCUGGCUCCAGGCUCCCCCGGGUUGGCCGGGAAGUUUGCCAUCAGUGACGGACAUGUCCACUCGGUGUCUCUGGGAAUCGAGCCAGGCAAAAUUGAGCUCUACCAGUCCUCGCAAAGCCUGGGAUUUAUUGCUGCUCCCGCCUGGAAGAUCCAAAGGGGAGAUGUGGUCUACCUGGGUGGCCUGCCUGACAGGCAAGAGACCCAGCUCAACGGCGGGUUUUUCAAAGGCUGUAUCCAAGAUGUAAGACUGAACAGUCAGAACCUGGAAUUCUUCCCCAAUUCAACAGGUAAUGAUGCAUCUCUCAACCCUGUUCUCGUCAACGUGACCCAAGGCUGCCCUGGAGACGACAUGUGUAAGUCCAAGCCCUGCCACAACGGAGGCACCUGCCGUUCCCUGUGGGACGACUUCUCGUGUUCCUGCCCUGCGCACGCCGCCGGGAAGACGUGCGAGGAGGCUCGGUGGUGCGAGCUCAGCCCCUGCCCUCCCGGAGCCCAGUGCCAGCCGGUGCCUCGAGGAUUCGAAUGCGUUGCGAAUGCCGUCUUCCACGGGCAAAGCGGUGCAGUCGUGUUCAGGAGCAACGGGAACAUCACCAGAGAACUCACCAACAUCACAUUUGGCUUCAGGACAAGGGACGCGAACGCCAUGAUACUGCACGCAGAAAGAGAGCCCGAGUUCCUCGAUAUCAGCAUUCGGGAUUCCAGGUUAUUCUUUCAGCUGCAAAGCGGCAACAGCUUCUACGUGCUGCGCCUGGCGAGCCCGCAGCCGGUGAGCGACGGCAUGUGGCACGAGGUGACGUUUGCCAUGGCAGACCCGCUGGCCCAGGCCUCCGGGUGGCGGAUGGAGGUGGACAGCCGGGCACCGCCCGUGGCCAGCGCGGUUGCGGCUGGAAGCCUCGCCUUUCUGAAGGACGACACAGACAUCCACGUGGGCGACCGGGCCACUGGCAACACCACGGGGGGCCUGGAGGGGUGCCUCGGCACGAUAGAAAUCGGAGGCAUCCACCUCCCGUACUUUGGAGACGCUCGUGGUUCCGCCAGUAGACCCCAGGAAGAGCAGUUUCUCAGGAUCUCCGCCCGUUCCGUGGCGACGGGGUGUCUGCGGCUGAAUGCCUGCAGCUCCAGCCCCUGUUUGCACGGGGGGGACUGCGAAGACGCCUACAGCUCCUAUCACUGCUCCUGCCCCCUGGGGUGGUCCGGGGCACGCUGCGAGCUCCGCGUGGACGGGUGCUUUCCAAACCCCUGUAUCCAUGGCAACUGCUCCGCCGCGGGCGCCGCGGCGGCCUACCUCUGCAGAUGUGAGCCGGGCUACGCCGGGGCGAACUGCGAGGUGGAAACAGACCACUGCCAGCGCCACCAGUGUGCCAACGGGGCCACCUGCCUCAGUGGCAUUCACGGCUAUGCUUGCCUCUGUCCUGGAAAUUUUACAGGAAGGUUUUGCAGGCAGAGCAGAUUGCCCGCGACAGUCUGUGGGAACGAGCAGAGAAACCUCACGUGCUACAACGGGGGCAACUGCACGGAGCUGCCGGCCGGGCCCGCUUGCCUGUGCGGGGAAGGCUUCGCCGGGGAGCGGUGCGAGGAGGACGUGGACGAGUGCGCCUCGGGCCCCUGCCUCCACGGCGGCCGGUGCCGGGACCUGCGCGGCCGCUUCCAGUGCCUGUGCGGGGCGGCCUUCGCGGGCGAGCGCUGCGAGCUGGACCUGGCCGGCCACCUGCUCCCGGACGACGUCCUCACAGCCACCGGCUCGCUGACCCUGGUCUCGCUCCUCCUGAUCCUCCUGCUGGCCGUGGCCGCCGCCGUGGCCGCCGCCAACAAGCGGGCGACGCAGGGAAGCUACAGCCCGAGCCGGCAGGAGAGGGAGGGCUCCCGGGUGGAGAUGUGGAGCCUCGUGCCGCCCCCGGCCCUGGAGAGGCUGGUCUAG